GGUUGACCUAUUCGUUUGUCGUCCAAGCUCGUAUUUGUGACCUGAUUGCCAUGGCCACAUAUGCAGGAGUUACGAGGAUAGGCAACUAUUACGGAUGGUCUUUUGCCUUGGGAUGGGUCUCCUGUAUUCUGUUCCUUAUAGCCGCAUAUGUUCAUGCCACCCGAGCCUUUUUGGUGAUUGGAGUGAUCGUCGGUGCUCUCGCCUGUUUUGCUCUGGGUGCCAUAUUUUCCCGUCCUAAGAUUGCCUCCUACUCCCUGGCCAAGGUCGCAGCUAUAGCCAGCUUUGCUGCAAGUAUAAGUAUUCUGAUUGCCAUGGCCUCCUUCACAGGAGUUUCAGGGUCACACCAACUUUAUGGGUGGUCUUUCGGCUUGGGCUGGGUUUCCUUUCCCCUGUUCAUUAUAACUGGUGCACUUGCUUACAAACUUCACAGCCAGGAAUCAGCAUAGGGCAGACCGUGCUGCCUCUUUGGGGUUGCAUCUGGAGUCAUAUGGGUCACGCGGGGCACAGACAGAGCCUGCACUUGAAUUGGACUUGCAUCAAAGAUCUGUAUCUUGAUCCAGCUUGAUUACAAGAGUUAGGGGAAUGAGGAGACCCAAGUCUGCUCACAGCAAGGUUGAAGUGAACCCUCAGGCAAGAAAUGAACUGGGCCCCUUGCCUCCUUUUCUCCCCUCACCCAUGUCUUGGCUGCAGAAGAACUAUAUAAACAUGGUGAAA